GAUGAUCUCGGCCUACUCUCAGGAAUCAUUUGGCCUAGCUUGCAUGGCACAAUCGUGGCAUGUGUAUCCUAAUCCCCGCUAGGUUGGUUGCAUGAUCCUUCACUGCUUACAAAAGGCUGUGAAGCACUGGCUCGACUGCUUUGUAUAUCUGGGGGUCGACGGCCUUAAUGUGCGGCCCCUCUCCUUUCACUGCACUUAUCAUCCCUGCUGAGGCUGACACUCCCUCCGUCGUGCUGCUUGCUGCAGACGGUCCGGGGUUCCGCCUUAUCAAGCAAGCACGAGGCGCCGGCGAAGCAGCAGGGAUAGCAUGCACUCUCAUGUGCGCCCUCCGAUCGAUACUACACGAACACUCCAAACUUCUCGAACGACUUCCCAACAUCAACAUGUCGUUGCAAUCCCGAUCCCAGGCUAGAGAAGAUCGCUUCCCAGGCCCGUGGAAGCUUCAAUGCCUCGACAAGUCAAUCCCUGGAUCCGACCCGUCAAGCUACGAUCCAUACGACCGGAGAUCUCCUGCGCGUGCAGGCAGCCAAACAACACUACCACGCUCCAUCCAACCGACACGAGCAUACUCCGAAAGCACCGCGAGCAUUCCUCGACCGCCUAAAGCAUCUCCAGGCCUACCCACAACGCCCAAAGACACACUACCAUCCACACACCCAGCGUCGAGAACAUCAAGCACCGCGACGACGACCACGAGAUCGAAUUCCUCUGCCAACUCGCCGGCGAUUGCGACGUUUCCGGGAGCGUACGUAGCUCCGAGUCAGUGGGCUUCGGGCCCGGAGCCGACGGAAAGGAACGAUGGGGCAAAAGGGAGGAAGUUAUCUUUUGCUCAGCGGUGGAAGUUGAUGCUGAAAGAGUUGUUCUCCUCCCAUUCGAUUGACGAGUCGGAGUUUGAGCGGAUGGGUGAUUAUCAUUGGACGGAUGAUUCUUGAGGACACGCUGUGAUCAUUCGGGCUGCGUCUUGGCGUUGGAUAUGGCGCUGUUUCACGGAGUUGGGACGGUAGCGUGAACUCGCGCCUCAAGUAUAUGUCAUUUUCGCUACGCUAAUGGGGGUCGUUC